AUGGAGCGCGACUACUACAAGGCCCUCCCGACCGAGUGCAAGCGUUGCGGCCUCGGCGCGUACGCUGGCGACAACAACUGCUCGAGUUUGCCGCCGGCCUGUCCGCCGUCGCCGCCAUUCGCACACCCGCUGCCGCUCCUCUCGCUCUCGUGCAUGGAGGCCACCGACCAAGCAAGCUGUCGCCAGAUUCCGCCAUACGUCUCGGCCGUCGAUAUCAACUGCGACAGCGAUGUGUGGAAGCACGGGCCAUCGACACAAGCCUAUUGCGCGGCCAAGUACUCGGCCGAACAAGCCGCGGCCGGGCCCUUGAGCGUCGGUCCGUUCGCCAUCGCCGUGUCGGCCCCGCUCUUUGGCUACCUCGUCGACAAGGUCGGGUACCGCACGUUCAUUGCGCUCGGAAGUAUGGCCGCGUGCUUACUCGCACAGACGCUCCUCGGAUUCACCAGCGUUUCGCUGUACGUUCCUGUCGUGCUGCAAGCGGCGGCGCUCUCCAUCUUCUCCGCAGCCAUGUGGCCUGCUCUCUCGUGCUGUGUCGAGCCGCAUCACGUGGGCACAGCGUACGGCGUUGCCUCGGCCUUUCUGAAUGUCGGGUUGGCAAUCGUACCGAUGUUUGUGGUCGUCGAGUACAGCAUCCUGCACGUGUACCAGCCGUACCUCAACGUCCUCUUCAUGGGCCUGGCGCUGCUCGGCAUGGGACUCGCUGCAAUGCUCGUCUACGUCGACUUUACGAAGCACUGUGGGCACCUCCAUGGGCGAGACAUGGCUCCUCUGGCCUCGAUGACGGCAGUGCCUACGCCGCUUGACGCGACCGAGCGCCAAGAGCUCCUCGACCGACCGCAUAUUCAGUCGUACGGCACGCAGGCCGCUAGCUAA